AGAUCAUAAUAAUCAAAUUUAUAAAUUGCGAAAAAGUUGUUUUUAAUUUAUUUAACUCAAUUUCGUUCGGUGAUUAUGAAUAUUACACGUGACUGCAUGAUUUUUUGACACUCGAAAGAUCAGCUGGGAACUGUGACACGACUGUCAUGGCCGCCUAAACAUUGCCAGUUUCAGUGGUUGAAGUGCGUGUUUCUUCCGAAACUAGAAAAAUAUAAGCAGAGUUUUUGGAAAGGGAAAAGCUGUCUUGAUGAGUGGAAGUGGAAGUGAUAGUGAUGAUGAUGCACCUGAAUUGUCAGCAGCAACAAUGGGAGCAUUAUUGGAAUUUUUUAAAGAACAAGAAGAAAGAAAUGACAAGCUAAGACAGAUUGAAGAAGGAGAAAUACCUGACAAUUUUGAUGAAGAUUGGAACCUGAGUCAAUUUUGGUAUUCCGAAGAAACUGCAAAUGCAUUGGCCAGAGAGUGCCUGAGAGCUGUAGGACCAAAUGGAACAGUGGCUUGCAUAUCAUCCCCAACAUUGUAUCGAUGCCUCAAAGAUAUGGACCAUAACCUUACAUUGAAAGUUUUUGAGUAUGACACGAGGUUUGCUGUUUACAAGGAAGACUUUGUCUUGUAUGAUUUCAAGAGUCCGUUAGCAGUGCCCAAAGACAUGAGAGAAAAUUUUGACAUCAUCAUAGCUGAUCCACCAUAUCUAGCUGAAGACUGCCUAGCAAAAACUGCUGUUACAGUAAAAUACAUCAUGAAAUCUGAUGCAAAGAUAAUACUGUGCACAGGAUCCAUAAUGGAAGAACUAGCAGACAGAUUAUUAAGUGUGAAAAGGUGUCAGUUUGAGAUUAAGCAUGCAAAUAGACUUAGCAAUCCAUUUUUAUGCUAUGCUAAUUAUGACCUGGAUGAAUAUUGUAAAAGCUGAUGCCACGUUGCAGAACAGUUUGUUAGAUUCUUGGUUACAGUCAUGUAAGAAACAUGAGACAGUGAAUAAUACUUGAUAUGCAGCCGUAAAACCAUGAAAAAUGUUAGUGAAGUGUUCAGUUUGAAAUGAACAUACAGCAUGAAAUCGUAAUUACAGUAUUUGUCAUGUAGUCCUUAAAGAAGUUACCAUCUAUGUGGACUUGUUUUUUUUAUAUUUUGUACUCUGUUUCACUGUGUAUUUGUGUACCACCAGUUGCCCUGAAUAUGAAAGAAUUAAGGAAUAUGGGAGAAUUGUCCUAAAAGGGAAAUAAAGUUUAAAUCACAGUAAUACGGUAAUAUAAAUGCCAGUGUUGUGAUCAUUAAACAAAAGAAAUUAAGCGAAUAACUGCACAUAUACAAUAUGUUAGAAAAUGAAGUAUGGAUCAUGUGAAGACAGAAUUAUACAUUGAGCAAAAGUUGUAUAAAAAUGAAUUAAAAUACUAAAGAAAAGCCAUAAAACAACAGAGGAAAAAGAUAGAAGUUAGAAAAAUAAUUUUAGUAGUUUAUGAUGCACUGGGAAAAGCACUCUUCCACCUUUUAUGUUUUUAAUGACUGCUUUUUUACAUUAAUGCAGUCAGUCUCUCUACUUAUAGUACAUAUUUAUAAAAUUGUGCAGGAAGUGGCAUUUGAGCCUUUUAUACUGAUAAUAUUUUCUAUUUGGCUUGCGACAUUUUCUGAAAACACUUUUAAGAUUGUCGAAAGCAUUUUCCAUACUGAAAAGGCAGUUAGAAUAUAGAAUACUGUACACUAUACUGUUAAUAUUAAGAUGAAGUAUAUUGACUAUCUGAGCAAGUCAUUUUUGUGCACUCAUGCUGUGAGAUACUUUCAAGGUAGAAUUUCAUUUCUAAC